GUGUGAGGGCUGAGGGGUGUACCGCAGUUGCAGCAAUCGUUUGUAAUCUUGUGAAUAAGUUAAUAAUGGGCUUGCAACCAUAAUUGCUCGCAAUGAGACGUACAAAUACUAUUUUAUCUAAUGUGUUUUGAUGUAAGAUAAGGUUUUGUGAGUAUAAACGCCGAAUAAUUUAACAUAAUAAUAGGCACGAUAAAUAAGACUCUAAUUUUAUGUUUUACUGUUGUGGUUUACCUGCCGGGACCUCUUUUAUUUUAUACUAUUCGUCAGUGUUACUUCCUGUUGUGGAGUGUUGCUGCAAUAGAACUGUGCAUUACCUGUUUGUAUCCCGGUUUCUAAGUGAGCUACGCCUUUGGUAGGACGUAUAUAAGUUCGCCCAUUGUAGCACUGGAAGUUGGACUGUAUGUGUGAACGCUGUGAAGAUUCAUACGAUGUUUUUAUCAAGUGACGUUGAUUUGAUGACUAACUUUUUUUUGGAUGAAAAAUGCUUUGAUACUGCUGCUCUUGCAAAUCUACCAGCUUUAAAAUUGGAUUCCGCUGAUAAAGAGAACAUCAAGAGAGUUUUACAGGAUAUCAAACCUUCUUUGGCAAAGUUAAAGCUUUCAAAUAGUGCCUUUGACGGGAGUGUUAAGCCAAAUGCUUCCACGCUGUAUGAUUGUGCGGGUGAUAGUGAUUUCAAGAACCAGUUUCUACAGAGCAUCACUGGCAGCAUAGAUUCGAGACUAGCAAGUUCUCUGUCGACGCUGAGCAUUCUCGAGAGGGAUAGAACUCUGGAUGCUGUGCUGAAGAAUGAGUUGCUGGACAAGCAGGAGAGCCCCAGCUAUGCGAAGAUGCUGGAGUUUCGGAAGCAGCUCCCUGCCUUCCAGAAGAGGGCUGAGAUCCUGUCCAUGAUCAGCAGUCACCAAGUUGUCCUCAUCAGUGGAGAAACAGGUUGUGGGAAGACAACCCAAGUGGCCCAGUUCAUCUUGGAUGACUUCAUAUCGAGAGGGGACGGGUCCAAGUGUCACAUUGUGUGCACCCAGCCUCGGAGGAUAAGUGCGGUGUCUGUCGCCGAGCGAGUGGCUCAGGAAAGAGACGACUCGUGCGGGGGUGCCUCUGUUGGCUACCACAUCCGUCUGGAGGGGAAGCUGCCUCGACCAAAUGGUUCCAUAUUAUUUUGCACCACAGGAAUGUUACUCCAGUACAUGCGUUCAGAUCCUGGACUGAGUUCCAUGUCUCAUUUAAUACUUGAUGAGAUACAUGAGAGAGAUGUGUUCUGCGACUUUGUCCUGGCCAUUUUGAAAGACAUCAUACGACAGAGAAAAGAUCUGAAAAUAAUACUAAUGAGUGCAACUCUGAAUGCGGAAAAUUUCUCACGUUAUUUUCAUAACUGCCCAAUGAUGGAAAUUCCUGGAUUUACAUACCCGGUUGAAGAAUUUUACCUGGAGGAUGUUUUGCAACUGACAGCAUUCACAAGAUUCACUGGUCCACCCAUCCAAGUGCAGAGAACUGCACAUGCUCAAAUGGCUUUUAUCAAGCAAAGAAAGCAGUUUGAAGACCAUAUCGUCCCAUACGCAAGGGGUCUGAAAUCACAGAUGAAGUAUUCCGACCAUGUCAUCGAAAGUCUCGCAAAGUCAGCAUCAGAAGAACUGAACGUAGAGCUGAUUGAAGCGCUUAUAAGUUACAUCUGUCGUAGUAAAGGUGAAGGUGCUAUACUAGUUUUUCUCCCUGGCUGGAAUGAGAUAUCAAGCCUUGAGAGUUUGCUCACUGAAGCUAAAGGAUACCCAGCUGAUCACUACCUUAUCAUUCCUCUUCACUCCCAAUUGCCUACAGUCACCCAGAAGUCUGUGUUUGACCAGCCGCCACCAGGUGUCAGAAAAAUUGUGUUGGCCACCAACAUUGCAGAGACUUCCAUUACCAUAAAUGAUGUGGUAUAUGUGAUUGACUCUGGGAAAAUGAAGAUGAAGAACUUUGAUAGUGAGAAUAACGUAGCAACUUUGCAAGCGGAAUGGGUGAGCCGAUCAAACUCUCGGCAGCGAAAAGGACGAGCAGGCAGAGUGCAGCCAGGCAUCUGUUACCAUCUAUACUCAAAAGGACGUGAGAAUCUCUUGGCGGAGUAUCCAAUUCCUGAAAUGUUGCGCACACGUUUGGAAGAAGUUAUUCUUCAAAUGAAAAUUCUUCAGCUGGGCCAAGCUCAUUCAUUUCUUACCAAAGUCAUGAAUUCCCCAGAACAAAAGGUCAUAGCACUUUCAGUGAAGCUUCUUCGAGACUUGAAGGCCCUGGACGAACAUGAGAACCUGACUCCAUUGGGCUACCAUCUCGCCAACUUGCCACUGGACCCACACAUUGGGAAGAUGAUUCUGAUGGCUGCCAUUUUCAGCUGCAUCGACCCUAUAUUCACAGUUGCAGCCAGCCUUUCCUUCAAGGAUCCCUUCAUUGGGUCAAUGUACGCUGCCAAGAAGGUGAGCGAGGCGAAGCAGAAGCUGCUGAAGGGACACGUCAGCGACCACUUGGCGGUAGCAGAGGCCAUGAGGCAGUGGGAGCAGGCAAAGACGCACGAGGAUAAGAAAAAGUUCUGCCAGGAACAUUUUGUAUCGGGACACACCUUGUACAUGCUGAGGGACAUGAAAGGCCAAUUUGCACAGUAUUUGUACGAGAUGAACUUUCUCGAAAGUAAGGAUUUCAAGUUCGAGGGAGCAAAUGUCAAUUCCGAUAAUGUGGCCCUUGUGAAUGCCAUAAUCUGUGCUGGGCUGUACCCCAACAUUGCGAUCUUUAAGACAGUGGAACACAAUCGACGCUCCGGCAGGAGGUAUGUGAAGUUCAGCACGCGUGAAGAUGGGCUGAUCGGUGUGCAUCCCAAGAGUUACGCCGAGAGCUUGAAUAGUUUCGCUAGCCCGAUUGUGGUGUACCACCUGAAACUGAAGAGCUCAUUCAUCCUGUUGCACGAUGUUUCUAUGGUGUAUCCAAUGUCACUGGUGUUCUUCGGAGAGAAGGUCACGUGCGACAAUAAUGCUCUGAAAGUCACCGAUCAGAUUAAGUUCAGCUGUGUAGCCAGUCAUGCAGCUCUGAUUAAGGAGCUGCGAGACCAACUGGAUAUAUUACUGAAGUACAAGAUUACUCACCCGGGUUCCACCGACUGGAGCGAAAGUAACUUUGAGGCUAAGUUACUGAGGACUGUGAUCAGUUUAAUAGAAAGUGAAGACAAGAGGAUGACAGUUGUUUCUUGAAUGCAACUGGAAACAAAGACUGCUUAUGGUGACAAGAUUUACAUUUUAGUUCAAUACGUUAUUUUAACAUUCUUUUUAGGUCACUCAGUUGAUAUCUUUUUUAUUGUAUAGUUCCUGUUAUUUUAUUAAUAACUAUAUUUAUAUUAUCAGGAAUCAUUUAAGUCACGGUAGUGAAGGCAGUCGCUAUAUGUGUUAGUGCCUGGGGCAGUACUAUCUUAAGCUGUUGCCCCCCCCACACACCCCCCUCCCACCUCCAUCCACUUACCCCAUCUAUUUGUUGAACCGUAGUUACUGUUGUCUUGUAUCACAUAAUGUCAUCAGUUCUAAAAAAUGUAAUAUUUUUAAAGGAGAGAUUCAUUUCGUUUGUUACUAUGUUAAGGAAACCUAAAAUAUUUAUGAUUUAUUUGUAAAACGUUUUUAGUUUCAAAUACACUGCUCUAAAAUAAAUGCAUUCAACAAAAUCAUUAUCUAAUAGUAACCAAACCUUUAAACAAAUAUUACUCAGUAUAGCAUUGUUGUUAAUUUACUUAGAAAAUAGUUUUAUUACUGUAAUUUAUAAUUGCAUAAUCAUUGUGCCUGGCAUUGACAAAUUUGGUGAUUACUUCUUCAAAGUGCAAUUUGAGAGCUUUUUUGUUUUCAGUGUUAAGUUAGCCAAUGUGGAAAGCUGCUGUUCCAUCAUGUAUGGUCAUAAAAGCGUUUUCAUCAGUUUUAAAUUGCUGAAACUUCUCUCUUCACUAGCAAAGUCACAUGUACAGUAAACAAAACCCAGAGUGCAGUCCAUAGAUGGGUUUAAAAGUAAAGUAUUUUCGUUUGGUACUAUUAGUUUCAACGCUACAAUUGGAGAGACAUUUUCGUUUUUUGUUUCAUUAUCUAUAAUAGACCAAACAUGAAGUAAUUUUUUAUACGAUUCAUCACCAUUAAUGUCCCGAAAACUUCAAGUUGGUCCCUUUUGGACAGUGUCAGAAAUGUCGCGAGUCAGAAACGUCAAUGCAAAGCAGCUUCGUGUUUCAAAACAAAGAAAUACCUAAAUAAAUUACCUUGAAAAUCCACAUGCAAUUAUUACAUUUCAUUUUCAUACAAUGUCUGGAAACUAAAAUCAAAAAUGUCAACUACUAAAUUCCAAAGUGUAUGAAAAAACAUCUCAAUCUUGCAAAGCUUUUCACAAAAUAACUUGGCAAUGAGGUUCCCUUACCAAAAUGUGAUAAUAAAUUAUCUUUAUAAAUUUGGUAAGUACAGCAGCCUAAAUAUCCAAAUAACCAUGCACCAAUGCUUAAUAUUACUUUUUAAAAAACAAUCCACAAACAAACUUAUCAACCUAAAUAAAUAUAACACAUAAAAUUUAAAGCUAGUGUAUCAGCCAUUUCAAACACAUUGCUUUCUUAACAAUACUAUGUACUGUAUAAAAAAACAUGAUUAGGCAACCUAAAAUAUAUAUUUCACUACUCUCACUAAAACAAAGUUGUGACCUAUAUAUUUAAUUUAAAAAGUAUGGUUUUUCAACAGUCAAAUUUCUCAGAGUUCUGGGGGGGGGGGGGGGGGGGGGCAUUCGCAACAUGUUUGUAGAAAUAAUUUAUCCCGUUUAAAUCCACUUUUGCACAAUGUUCAAAAUAGCACUUAUGAUUUCCUUCAUUACUGUUACUCACAGGACAGAAAAAUGUUUUAUGUUUUUAAGGAUUAUCAAGUACAAUCAGCUAAAAAAAAUUAGCUGUGUCUGGUGUGAAAAAAGACUCCAAAGAUGUUGUAAGAAUGCUUGUCACUUAAAUCUUAGCCAGGGAACUUACAAUUACUUAGUGAAGAAAGCUUACUGUAUUUACCCAAAUGAAAGACUAAGAUUUUUCACAAGCUUAGAGCAUAUAAAUUUAAAUUGCAUAUAAAUUCAAAUAUGUCUUGCAUUGGGGUAUAAAUAUGAAAUUACAACCGAUGAUAAUUUAUUUCCUACUUGCCACUUAAGUUAAUGCUAAGCUACAUCACAGACAUUUUAUUCCAGUCAUCAACAAUAACUGUGGAAUUUUUAAAUAGAGUUAACUCAUGAUUUCAUAAACAAUUAAAUGAGCGGGCUUGGAAUAUUAGCAUCACUCAUAUCGCACAUCAGCUGUAAUGUUUGUUUUAUCAAAUUUCCAUGUAUGAGUAAUGUUCUUUUGAUGAAAAAAGAAUAUGUGGAUUUUGUCUUGCAUUCGGAUAAACACAUACUUGUUUACACGAAGCAGUGUUUCAUGGAAACACAGGCGCACACCCAGCCGAUCGUGUCCACUAUAAGAAACACACCCACAGAGCCCAAGUUGCUUUCCCCCAGCUGACGCACCCAUCGACUUGGCACAUGUCUAUCUCACAGCACGCCUGGCCACAGUCUCCCCGGCUCCACCGGUAUUCCGUGACAAACAGCUGACUCCGCUUGACGUCACGUACACCGUUAGUCCCACACUCGGCAGGCAGUCAAACAGACAUCCGAUGUAAAUAUAACAAUAAUCAAAAUGGAACAUACUUAAGUCAUCUAAAAUUUACGUAGCAUUUUAAUAAAUUUAUAUUUACUACAAAAUUGAUAAAAUCAUUAAAAUAUGUAAACCAAAUAACUAAUUAAAAGAAAUGUUCUUGUAGAAAUGUCCCAACUUAAUCUUGAAAAUAAAAACUAAAUUAAAAAUAGUAUUCUUACAAAAAAUUACAUAACAAAAUUUUUAAAAAAUAUUUUAACUUAACAUAAUUACUUAAAAGGUUAAUAAUAAUUCCUUUUAAAUUUAAAUGUUAAAACUACCUGUGCACACUGGUGACCUUCGUCACUUCAGGUGAUAUCACAUAAAAAUUCUACCUUCGUGUUGUGACUGCUAAGCAGUGAAAAUUGUUUUUUUAGUGACAUAUUUAAUGUAUCAGUGACAGAAAUAAACACGUUGCUGUUUUUAAGGUAUUGAAAAGUAAAGAAAAAAAUGCUUUGAAAUUUUUGUUAGGUCAAAUUUUCACUAGUGUCUCACGUAUCAAACGAACAGGCCGGCAGAGCGUCAAAUAUGUGAUAAUGUCGGAUAAUAGGAAGGUAGUAAGAAAAAUCCUAUUAAUGUCAAACUAUGUUAUAUUUUUACUCAUUACAACCGUAUAAUCAUGUUUUACAACAAAACAAAAAAAUUAACUGUAAAAAGUUCAUUUCAGUAUGGUAAAGUCAGAAGCAACAUAUGAUAUUCGACUAUGCUUAUGCUCGUAACUUGCAAGAUUUUUGUAUUGCAUUGGGAUGUUCAAUAAGCCAAGGUCGGGUAAAUGAGAGACUACUGUAUAAAGAUUUCAAAAAUUAGAAAAUACUGUUUUUAAGAAAAGCUACUCUUCUAUUUGGGUACUUCAGAUCUUAACCUUUAUUAGCAUUGAAUAAAGGCUGAAAGUGGUAAUUUAUUUAUUAUUUUACGUUGUUACCAACAUCUAGAAAGACUUAAUAUCAGUUGUAGUUCACAAAUUGUGAGGUUUAUCUGGCCUGUGUCUUGCAAAUACUGACUUGUCACAGAUGAGAUAUGAUUGACUUGAUUGGCUAAUCUGAAUGACUGCACCUUGGAAUCGGUACACCCCACUUGGCAGUGAACACCCUUAUACCUUGUCGGUGUGCUUGUAUCUUCUACUUCUUAGCGAGGGAGUUACAAACACUAUUUUACUGCUUGUUUGUACAGAUGUUCAGUUUCAGUUUUUCUUUCAAUUGUGUACUUUCAUUUUUUUUAUGUUCAUUUGUUUAAAAUUGACCUAUUAAAUUUUAAAAAAAAUAUUAAACAAAUAAGUAUUCAAGUCCCAGUGACAAUGUCAGGCCACGGAUAAUUGAGAGUUGACGUUAAUGUUUUUAAGUGUAUUUAUAUUUAGAAAAUCAUUAUAACGGUGAGUUUUGAGGGAGAUUCCUGUUAUUUUGUCCAGAAAAAAAUGUAAGAGCAUGGUUUCAUAUAAUGUAUUAGUUUUAUGUCUUGUGGCUGAUCAGAGAAGAAACAGUAUUAAGUGUGGUGCUCAUAAACUUUAGGUGUACUAGUUUUAUUAGUAAAAGUAUAAACUUUUAAGUUAUUUUUUAUUGUAUUUUUUCUGAACUGUAUAAUAAGGUUUUUAUUGUUGACUAACCUUACAAUAUUAGUAUUGUGUUUAUGUACGUGGUACUCAUGAUUCACUAUGUAAGCUACAUGAAACAUUUUGGAAUGUAAUGGUACAUACUAUUUAGCUUUGGCAUCCAUGAAUUUGCAGUAAAAUUUGAAUUAUGUAUCAUGAUUUCAGUUAAAGUAUGUAAUAGUGUUGAAUGGUUAAGCUGCUUGUUAUACUUAACCAAGCAAGAGAUUAGCUGUAUGUAAUAUUUCAACCUUUUGACCUACUUUUUAUAAUUAAUAAUUAUUUUGCACAUUCGUGCAGCUUCCUGAAACCCAUGUACUGUAAUUACUUUAUUUUUGUUUAUAAAUUAGUGCUGUGUUUAGUGAAAACAUUUUUACUCUGUUUUAUGAUGAAUUAUUUUACCAUAAUUUUGGUGGGUGUACUAUGUGAAGCAGCUAGUUUAACUUAGUCACAGCACGUGUUCCAGUGAAAAAGUGCUGUUGUCAUUUGUUAAUGGUGUUCGGCAGUAUUUUCUGCCUGGCAUUUGGCUGUAAAGAAUGGCUCUCAAAGUGCUGGUACCAUUGGCUGUGGAUAUGAGUGGCAAGUAAGUGUGUGUGAUCUCACACGCACUCUAUUUGAGGUCCACUGCAGCUGUUGUGUGAGAACCAUGGGCCUAAAUCCAUCAUAUUGUUACAAUUACUGUGAGUUUUGUAUUUAAUAAGCCUAUAAGUGUACUUCAGUCUCUGAACCACAAGUUUAAUCAGAAUGAACAGAAAUACUAUUUAAAAAUUACACAAAUAAAUUUUUUUUUAAAAUUGAAAUUGUUAAGUAUGAAGUAACUUUUUUUUUAAUUAAAGGGAUAAAAAAAAAGCACAUUAUCAAUCAUCUGUUGUCUGCUGUUCAAAGUUUAAACAUUAAAAAUAUUUAUUAAAAUGUCAAUAUGAUCUAUAUUGUCGGCUCAUUAUCUAUUUCCUAGCCACAUAUCUAAGUUCUAGCUUGGUCUUGAGGACUAGCAGAGGAGGGGAAGCUAGGGUUAUUGACGUAGACCAGCGUGAUGUGUGGCGGCCCAUGGUGGGAGGAUAGUAGUUGCUUGCAAGGGGCAGGCAUGAAGUAUCGAUGUCACUCGCUGAUGGUGAUGGCAUUGUGGCAGGCCUGUAGAGGAGGGUUCAUCGCACUGCGAGGCUCAACUAUCUUACGAGCGGUUCAUUUUAGCCAUUCCUUCACAGAUCAUCUAUUGUGGCAACUGCUUUGUUGACUUUCCACAGCCAAAGGACUUUUUUUUUGUUCAAACACGUCUGAUGUUACAUAGAAGACAUGUUAUUAAGAGGUUUAUUUCAUACAUAUACUUAAAAAUAUUGGUACUUGCUUACUCAACUGUGGCUUGUAAAAUCCAUACAUUAUUAUUCAUUAAUUGUAAAGUACCUAUGUCUUAUAUGGUCUAUAUUAUUAUUCAUUGCAUGUAAUACAUAUAUGAGCGUGCAAAAUUUAUCUUUACUCUUGUUAUGAAUUAGACUGAAAAAUAUUUUAUAUGUGGUAGUCUAAAGUUAUAGCUUGAAAAAUAUAUCUACACAAUUUGAAUUAGACUGAAAACUAAUAUUUUUAUAUGUGAUUGUCUUAAGAACUUUGUAGUACAUUAUAGUUUUAAUAAAGAAAUCAGCAAA